GCCCUAAGCUGUGUCACCACUAGCAGGUGUCAGCUGCCCCGCCCUUCUUCCCUCUGCCUUAAAGGGGUCCCUCUCCCGAGGCCUCCCAGGGUCAUAGCUCCGCCGUGUGACCGCACCCGCGAGGGCUCAGAAGCCAAGGAGUGGAACGUGGGGGUCCGGGUUCUAAGCCUCCCCUUCUGGCGUGGUGUGGCCUCCUCGGCUCUUGGCCGCAGUUUUCCCCACCCGGGCAGGGGGGACUGGCGCCCAAGCGGGCCUCCAGGGGACUGUCGGACUCGGGAAGGGGGCGGAGCCGCACCCCGGAGGGGCCGCUUCGCACAUGGGUUUGGAGGACCACUCCCGGCCCCACCCCACGAUGAUUGCCCACAUCCUCCUGUUGCUUCUCGCCUCCUCCGUCCUGGGGGACCCGGACUCCGUGGGCAGGCAGCCCCGGCACCGCAGGCGCCUCUGUUCCCUGGGCACAUGCCAGACCCACCGCCUCCCAGAGAUGAUAUACUGGCUCCGCUCUGCCUCCAUCAAGGAGCACUCAGGGAAGGCCGGCCGCGAGCCCCAGGACCCCCACAGCUACGGGCGCCGCCGUCGGCGCGAGGCCAGGGUCCUGCUCCGUCUCCAGGACCUUGGCCUGAAGAAAAGAGGCCAGCGCAGUGCCCAGCUUCCUGGGUGACGUCAGGCACGUACCUGGCCCGCCCCUGGCCUCAGCUUGCCCAUCUGUGUAUUGGGGCCACGACCCCAAGUUUCUUUUCCCCUAACUCCAUCACCUGGGCUCACUGAAAAACUGUCUCCCCCCGCUGUGAUCUGGGCUGGACCCAGGGGCACACCGGACCCAGCAUGUACAAAGAAUACUAACGUCCAGAGCCUAA